UAUGCAUAUGGAUCCCUGGUUCUCGCCGCACUCGAAAUUAUUACUUUUGUGAUUCAUAUUUAUAUUUUUGUUAAAAGAGCCAGUUAAUUUAAAAGGAAAAUGGCUAAAAACACUUCAAGCAGCGCGUUCCGUAAAAUAGAUGUCGAUCAAUACAAUGAAGACAAUUUCCGGGAGGAUGAUGGCGUCGACAGCGCUGCAGCCGGACCUGAUGAAAAUGAGAUUACGGGGCUACUGACCCAAGGCAAGGCAGUGGAAGCACUGCUCAGUGCCCUCCAAAAUGCCCCACUGCGUUGCAAGAAUCAACAUGUAAAGGACCACGCCCUCAAUAUCACACUUCGAGUUCUCUUAUCAAUCAAGUCCACUCAGAUGGAUCAGGCCAUUGAUUCGAUUGAUCAGAACGAUCUGAUUGAUGUGCUUAUGAAAUACAUUUACCGUGGCUUCGAAAUACCAUCAGAGGGCUCCAGUGGCCAUCUAUUGCAAUGGCACGAGAAGGCAUACGCCAAAGGAGGUGUCGGCUGCAUUGUGCGAGUCUUAUCGGACACAAAUCGGGCAUAAACAAUAAAAAUGGUUCUCUCAAUGGCAAUCAGACUGAGGCAUUCUGCAAUGAACAAUAUUUAUCAAAGCAUUUAGUCAAAUCACUCGGGAAUGCCAUUGCGCAAGAGAAUACCUUAACAACAGCUGAAAGCCCUGGGGAUCCGAAACAAAUGACAAGUUUUCCAAAUUAGAUUUUAACACGUAUUCAAGUAUUAAAGUUUUUAUUACAAAAAUA